GGUCUGUACCAGCUGAGAGGUUCACACUGCGCUCCUCAGAGCAGCAUAGAAGGACUGGAGGAUGCAGAGCGGAAAUGUAAGACCCACGUGCUGCUGCUCGUGGUGCACGGAGGAAACAUCUUGGACACAGCGGGUGGAGAUCCCUGCACAAAAGCCGGUGAUGUGGCCACGUUGGGCUCAGUUCUGGAGAAGGUGACGCGGGCACAUUUUCAGGCUGCGGCCGAGCACGUGAUGAUCAAGCUGGUGCCAUGUCCAGCUGUGUGUGCUGAAGCCUUUUCUCUUGUUUCUAAUCUUAACCCCUACAGCUAUGACGAGAGCUGUGUGUCCAGCAGCGUGGACCACCUGCCUUUGGCCGCUCUCCCUCUCCUUGCCAUCGUGUCUCCACGCUAUCAGGAUGCCGUAGCAACUGUCAUCGAACGGGCCAACCAGGUUUAUCGCAGCUUCCUUCAGUCAGAGGAUGGUCAAGGAUUCACCGGGCAGGUUUGCCUGAUGGGUGACUGCGUGGGUGGAGUGCUGUGCUUUGACGCGUUGUGCUUCAGCAACCAUCCGAGGCCUUCCAGCCCCAACAACAGCAGCAGGAACAACAGCACGGAGAGCCUUAAGGACAAUUCUGGUCUUCUGAGGGAAUCCAGUCCUGGUCUGAGUUCUAGCAAGAGGCUGAGUAAGAGCAACAUCGAUAUUUCUGCUCCCAAUGAAGGCCAGGGAGGACCACCUCUCAGCCGCAAGCAGAGCGACUCGUAUGAUGGUGAUACCUCAUCUGGUGGCCAGCACAACUUCUUCUCCAGUAUGCUGAAGGAUGGUGCAGAGGUGCGUGGCAGCAGCAGCCCCAGUCUGGUGAUGAACCCGGGACGUUUUGACUUUGAGGUGUCAGACUGCUUCUUGCUGGGCUGCCCUCUGGGCCUCGUGCUGGCCAUGAGACGCACUGUGCUGCCUGCUGUUCAGGUGAGCCAGCUCCAUCCAGCCUGUUCUCAGAUCUUCAACCUGUUUUACCCCUCGGAUCCUUCAGCCUCCAGACUUGAGCCCCUUCUGCAGCCCCUCUUCCAUAAACUGCCACCAUUUGCUGUGCCGCGCUACCAGCGCUACCCACUUGGAGAUGGACGCUCACUUCUUAUAGCAGAUAGUAUCCAAGCCCAUCCCAUGGUGUUUUUGGAAGGAGAGCAAUAUCAUGGUAGUAAAGCUUCACAGCCGUCCUCUGAGGCAAAGAUUGAAGGAAGAGGAGGAGAUGGAGGAGGCCGUCGAACAAGUGUCACCAGCGUGGAAAGCGAAAUGUCGAUCUCCUCCCUGAGUCAACUGGGAAACACCAUAACCAACAUUUCCAGUAGGUGGUGGGGUUCCAAGAGGCUGGAUUACGUUCUGUACUGCCCGGACGUGCUGACCGCGUUCCCAACAGUGGCUCUCCCUCACCUUUUCCACGCCUCCUACUGGGAGUCCACGGAUGUGGCUGCUUUUGUUCUCCGGCAGCUCAUGCACUGUGACUGUGUGAAGACCCAGGAAGUUGACAACCUGGACUCAGCUCCAUUCUCACCCUCCAGCCCACGUGAGAAGUGGCUCAGAAGACGGACACAUGUCAAACUACGGAACGUCACAGCCAACCACAGAGUGAAUGAUGCCAUUUCCACCGAAGAAGGACCCCAGAUUCUGGUUGGCCGCUUCAUGUAUGGACCCUUGGACAUGGUCACUCUAACUGGAGAAAAGGUGGACAUCCUGCUGAUGACACAGCCUCAGUCUGGCCGCUGGGUGCACUUUGACACAGAAGUGACCAACAGCAGUGGCAGGGUCACGUACACCAUUCCCAAGAGCAAGAAGCUUGCCCUGGGAGUCUAUCCAAUUAAGAUGGUGGUCAAGGGGGAUCAAACCAGUGCAGAGGGCUACCUGACUGUGUUGCCACAGGGCAUGGAGUGUGUGGUCUUCAGUAUCGACGGAUCUUUUGCUGCUAGUGUGUCCAUAAUGGGCAGUGACCCCAAGGUCCGCCCCGGAGCUGUCGACGUUGUCAGGCACUGGCAGGAUCUCGGGUAUCUUAUCAUCUACAUCACGGGCCGCCCCGACAUGCAGAAGCAGCGUGUGGUUUCAUGGCUCUCACAGCACAAUUUCCCCCACGGGAUGAUCUUCUUUUCCGAAGGCCUGGUUCACGAUCCCUUACGACAGAAGACCAUCUUCCUCCGGCACCUCAUUCAGGAGUGUCAUAUUAAAAUCAACUCCGCUUACGGCUCCAUGAAGGACAUCUCUGUUUACAACAUGCUAGGCCUCAGCCCCUCACAGAUUUAUAUUGUUGGCAGACCUUCAAAGAAGUACCAAAAUCAAUGCCAGUUCCUGAGUGAAGGUUAUGCAGCACACCUCUCCACGCUUCAGUUCGGGCACAGGGCCAGACCCAAGAAAUCCCCCUCGGUUCGGAUGGUCUUAAGAAAAGGUUCGUUUGGUCUCUCGGCGAAGCCCGACUUCCUGUGUAAACGCACCCACCUGCGCAGGACCAUGUCGGUGCAACAGCCCGAUCCGCCGUGCACGCCCAACCCAAAGCCCGAACGGGCCCAGAGUCAGCCGGAGUCGGACAAGGACCACGGCGGAGGAGGAAGCGGUCAAGGUUCAUGGGGGCGUCCCUGCAUACAUCGUGGGGACACAACUCCCUGACAUCAAGAUGAAGAAAGACCAAUUACAGGAGGACAGAGGAGGUGGGGGAAAAGUGUGUUUGGGUCAAAGUGGCAUGUCUGCAUACUGUGCACUGUGAAUUGGACUCAGCUUCUCCUCCUGCUUGGCCCUCUACAUUUUGCAACCAGUGUGGACCUUUUCUUGACCAACUGUUUGGAAGACAAUGGAAGCCAUUGUUGACCGUGUAAAGAAAGGUUCUCUUUUAGUCUAAAUGUAAAAAACGAAAGAAUGUAUUUAAGGUCAAGGACUUAUACAAGUGCUGUAUUUAUGUGAGCACACGUUCCAGAAUUUAAAGAACAAUCUGAUUGAGCUGACUUGGACGCUUUGGACACGAGAUACUGCACAAAACCGUAGUCCCAUCCACACUUCUGAGCUGACCGGCGGUCAUCUCACCACAGAUGUAAAUACUGCGUGCACAUAAUGCCUCUGUGGGCCUCCGGACACAGAACUACUGUGACAUUUUUGGUUCAGUCUCCACAUAAACUCCACUGCCUGGAACCCCAAAGCACCCAACCCCUGCCUUCAUUUCAGUCCAUCUGUUUGAUGUUUCCCCUGAGCUGUGGUUGUUUUACUACUCACCCUUCAUACCCCACUACCGUCAUCUCAACAAGUCGGUCGACGGCCACCUCAGUGUCAUGGAAGGGCUGUGGCAUGCAAAGCUCAUCUCCCUGGGGUCACAUUUGCACUACGAGGCCGCAGCUCCAAAAACGAAAAAUUGUAUUUGUUUUAUUCGAUUUUUCUUUUUCCUGCCAGGUGUACAUAGCUACUGCUAGCUAAUCACUGCAACAACUGAUUAAACGCAAUUAACGGGAAGGGAAACAAUGUUUACAUAGUGAUAAACAGAUGAAAAUCAAGAAUCAUUUUCCACAUAAUUAUGACAGUGUAAUUAGCCUUACUGGCAACAUUAGUUUUGGUGGCUUAGUGGUUGCAGUAGCUUUGUACAAUAGAACUUAUCCCAGUUGCACUGAAACUAUUAGAUUUGUGUAGAAAUCUGAAACUGUUUUGUGCACCUGAAAUUUAAUCUUACUUGGUGUCGUUUGAAUAAUUGUGCAAGUCAAGCAUAUUUUUCUAUGGGUAAAUACUGUAAAUAGAAAUAUUUUCAAUGUAUGUUUUUGCACUUUUUUUUGGUUUAGUUGUUGAUUUUUGCCUUAAAUGAUAGUUGAUGUUGUGCAGAGAAUCAAAAUGAUUUAUUUGACCAAAGCAUUUAGUUUCACCAAUAGCUGUAACAAAGUACAUUUUAAGCUGUUAAUAUUUGACAUGAUAUACACAGAAUCUAAGUGGCCAGUGUGUUUGUGUGAACGAGUGUGUUACUGUACAGUCAUGUUUCGUGGGAACAUGAGGACAUUUAUGAUGAGUAAAUACUUGUGCAGAGGAAUCUGAGGGGAAGGAAGAGGCCAGUGUUCACAUAUCUACAUGUUCUCACUGCCGUUUUUUUCAGAACAGAGCAUGUAUUUUUAUAGCACUGGAUAGAAGUCGUUUGUCAGAGGAUUACAUGCUCAAGGUUUUUAUACCUGCCAAGAAAGAGAGGGGGCUUAUGAAUUCUUGGGAUGUCUUGUGUUAGGUGAAUAAGUGCAUAGUAGAAUAGAACUUGCAAUCCUUGAGGGAGGGAGAUUUAACUAUUUUUCUUUUACCUCCUGCAACCCCCUACAUGGUCCAGUCACUACCUAUUUGAUUACUCCUAAGUACGUUUGAUUCCCCGUUUUGCCACCCCUGUAAUUUCAGUGCAGCAGUUAGCUUUCCUUGAUAUAGUGCAAGUUUCUUAAUAAAUAUUUAACUCCAUUUUGUUUUGAAUUUAGAUAGUUAAUACUGAAACAUGGUUAUCAGCAACCAGAUUAUCAUUCCAAUCAGUGUCCAGACGUUAAUUAUAGGAACCACACUAGCCUGUUCGAUACAUGUGAUAUAUUUUUAUACCAUUAGACCACACUGUUAAAUACUUCUUAUUGGAAGAAUUUUGUUCUGAAAAGGUUAUUAAAUGGCAAAUAACAAUCUAAUGGUUAAGUGUUGUGUGCAUGCUAAUUAUUUGAUAUUGUUCAGUAUUGGCUAUCAAUUGUCAUGUUAGUGAUACUCUUAUUGGGUAUUUAUAUAUACUUAAUAAUUAAUGGAAAUACUGUUUAUUGCAGUAUGUAAAAAAAAAUAGUUUUAAUAGCUAAAUAGUCCCUAAAUUCACAGAAACGGUGCGUGUGAUGUAACCUUGCUUAUACUUCAAAUGUUCAUUCAUGAAGUGGAGAAGGCACGAAUGGUUUUAAGUUUUUUUAACCCUCACAUUAUAAUGUAUUUAUAGAUAUAUCCAUAUAUAUAUAUAAAUGGAUGGGAUUGUUUGAAUUGAUGGGAAAAUAAUAACAACAUCCAUGAAAUUGGUGUUGAUAUUUUAAAUAUAAAACUGCUAUAUUCACCCUGGUUAUAUUCAAACACUGUGACUUAACUAUUAAGAGACUGAGCUAAUUUGCCAUUUAUUAACAACAUAUGACUUAUAAGUUGCGGUCUGACUUUGGUCUUAUAUUUGACUAUAGCCUCUUGGCUAAUAGGAACAAUAGUCAAAAAAUAAUAAAAACUAUCCCUGCUGGCUUCACUGCUGCAAAUAUUUUUGUUUUGUACAGAUCUUCUGUGAAAAGAACAUGAUAUUGUGUUGAUUGGACUCGGUCCUCCAUUCAUAUUCCAUAAAUAAAAAUGAUUCAC